ACCGCAAAACCCACACCCUUGCCCACUCCACCCUCACCACCUUCCACUCUUCCUGGCGAAUCACUCGGCGACACACGGUUACCCGCCACGCGACAAAGGCGAGCGAUGCAGAGCGACGAGUCAGAUAGCGCGAUCGCGGGCGAGCGAAUAGCGGCGCUGAGGGCGCUGCAGGCGCGCCGGCAGGAGCUGCUGCAGGCACUGCGGGCUUUGGAUGAGGAAGAUCGACGGCUGAGAUUAGGCGUAGGGUGUGAGGCGGGGGGCGAGAGAAGGAGAGAGGGGGGAGACGAGGGGAAGCGGAAGCAGGAGACGCGGGAGGCGGAGUGCGCGGAAGCGAGCGGAGGGAAGCGGAAUGGCGGAGCGGAGAGAGCGAGCGGGACGGAGGCUUAUGCGGCGGCGGCAGCUGCUGACGGCCUCCCGGGGGGGGUGGCGGAUGGGGGGGAUGGCGGGCUAACGAGAGGUGCGGGACGGGAGAGACGGGUGGGCGGGACGGAGAUGGCUGGGGGGGGAGUUAGCGGGGGGAAUGGCGCCGGGCGCGGGUUCGAAGCGGAGCACGGGAUGAGCGCGCGGGAGGUGCAGCGGUACUCGCGACAGCUCAUGCUGCCGUCGUUCGGCGUGGCAGCGCAGCAGCGCCUGACGAGCGGGUCGGUGCUGGUCGUGGGGGCGGGCGGCCUGGGCUCGCCCGCUGUGCUGUACCUCGCUGCCUGUGGCGUGGGGCGUAUAGGCAUCGUGGACAGAGAUGACGUGGAGCUGUCCAACCUUCACAGGCAGAUCAUUCACUCGGAAGCAACCGUGGGCCGCCCCAAGACAGAAUCAGCGGCAGCUGCGUGCACCAGGUUGAACGCUGACAUCACAGUGGAGACGCACAGCCAGGGCUUCACUCCCUGCAAUGCCGUCAAGCUUGUCUCCAGCUACGACGUGGUGGUGGACGCCUCUGACAACGUCAGCACGCGUUACCUCAUCAGCGACGCUGCUGUCGCCGCCGGCAAGCCGCUGGUGUCAGGCGCAGCGCUGGGCACAGAGGGGCAGAUCACAGUGUACCAUGCAACCCCCACCGCGCCGUGCUACCGCUGCCUCUUCCCCACGCCGCCCCCUCCUCCGCCUGCCAGCGCUGCUCCGACAGCGGCGUGCUGGGAGUGGGUAAGUGUCCCGGGGGUCAUCGGCGCGCUGCAGGCAGUGGAGGUGGUGAAGCUGCUGACGCGGGUGGGCGAACCCCUCUCAGCGCGCAUGCUCGUCUACGACGCCCUCGCCGCCUCCUUCCUCUCCCUACCCAACUGGGACGAUACAGGAGAUAUCCCAGUGGAAACACUCGCACGAUUCGAGAAGGAUGUGAAGCGGACUGACACCGGGUUCCUGGCGAUAGCAACAGAGGUGGAGAAUGACGGAGAGAAAGCCUCGGAAACUCCAGAAAAAAUCAAGGAAUUACUGAAGGAGUUCCAAGACAUUCUUCCUGACGAUCUUCCGAACGAGCUACCGCCAUACCGAACGCAUCAACACGAGAUCGUGGAGGAACCGGGUUCGAAGCCGACCGUCCGAGCACCAUAUCGACUCAGCCCUACGGAGCUGACCGACAUGAAGAAGCAGAUCGAGUAUCUCCUAGCUAAAGGACUCAUCCGACCAUCCACUUCGCCGUACGGUGCCCCAGUACUCUUCACACCGAAACCGGACGGAAGCCUGCGCAUGUGCAUCGACUACCGAGCUCUUAACAAGCAGACCAUCAAGAACAAGUAUCCGAUACCGCGAAUCGAUGACCUGCUUGACCAGCUUCGGGGAGCUACGGUAUUUUCCAAACUGGAUCUGCGGUCCGGAUACUGGCAGAUACGGAUGGCGGACAACUCUAUCCACAAAACUGCUUUCCGAACUCGGUACGGAUCGUACGAGUAUCUGGUAAUGCCGUUCGGACUCACCAACGCACCGGCAACUUUCCAAGCCGAAAUGAACCACAUUCUACGACCACUUCUGGACGAAUGCGUGGUGGUGUACCUGGAUGACAUACUCAUCUACUCGCGCGACAUGAAGCAGCACGUCGAACACCUGCGACGCGUCUUCGAAAUUCUUCGACGGAACGAUUCUACGUCAAACUUUCACGUCGACCCCAAGAAAAUCGAAGCCGUACGUACGUGGAAGACACCCGAGAACGUGAAGGAGUUGCAGCAGUUCCUAGGCUUCGCUAAUUACUACAACAGGUUCGUGCCACAGUAUGCGAAACUCGCGGCACCACUCACGAAUCUGUUGAAGAAGAACACGCCCUACAAAUGGGAGACGAAGCACCAGGAAGCCGUGGAGCAGCUGAAACAAGCACUAACAUCCGCACCGGUGCUCAUCUUGCCAGAUCCCGAACGUGACUACGUCAUUGAAGCAGACGCCAGUGAUCAGGCCGUGGGGGCAGUCUUGAUGCAAGACCAAGGGAAUGGACUGCAACCCAUUGCCUACCUCAGCAAGAAACUGCACGGGGCAGAACUCAACUACCCGAUACACGACAAAGAGGCCCUGGCUAUCAUCAUCGCCUUCAAAGCGUGGAGAUGCUAUCUCGAAGGACGACGAACGACCGUCUACACCGACCACUGCAGCCUGAAAUAUUUGAAGACACAACCCAACCUUUCCAGGCGGCAGGUCCGGUGGAUCGACUUCCUCGAGACACACUUCCACUACGACAUCGUGUACAAGCCCGGCCACAAGAAUAAAGCAGACGCGCUCAGCCGGCCUGCACACGUUGCCGCGAUUCAGGUCGAAGGGAUGAAUCCACUACUCAAGGGACUCUUCACACACGGGUAUACCAUCGACCCCGAAAUUUCCUUGGCAGAAAAGCGACAUCUGCUACAGUGGGACAGUGACAUCGCGUACCGGAAAGGAUCAGCAAAAAUCUGGGUACCCAAUUACCCUCCUUUGCGCCAGUUACUACUCGAAGAAUACCACGACGUCCUGUACGCCGGACACUUCGGUAGCAACAAGACGCUCACCGGUAUCGCCAAACACUACUACUGGCCCCAUAUGGCAGACGACGUCCAGAAAUUCGUCACCUCGUGUGAUACAUGUCAGCGGAUGAAGAGCAGCAAGCAGAAAAAGGCGGGACUACUGCAGCCUCUUCCUGUCCCAGAACAACCAUGGCAAGUGGUUAGCCUAGACUUCAUCACCGGGUUACCACCUACCUCCAGCGGUCAUGACGCCAUCCUUGUCGUCAUUGACAAGUUCUCCAAAAUGGGACACUUCAUCCCGACGCACACGACGGCACGCACCGAGGAGACAGCACAACUCUUCGUUCGUCACAUCAUCUCACAGCAUGGCAUCCCAACUACACUCAUCUCCGACCGAGACCCCAAGUUCACUAGCAAGUUCUGGAAGGAACUUAUGUCUCUUCUCGGAACCAAACUCGCCAUGUCGUCCGCAUACCAUCCGCAGAUAGACGGACAGACCGAGCGCCUCAACCAAAUUGUUGAGCAACUCCUCCGAGCAGCCUGCAAGGACGACAUCUCCAAAUGGGACUUGCACCUGCCCGUACUCGAGUUUGCUUACAACAAUGCUACACAUGCUGCUACUGGACAGACGCCGUUCUUCCUCUGCUACGGACGCCACCCACUCACACCACAGAAACCGACAACACCAGCAACAGUCCAACCUGCACACGACUUCAUCACAACCAUGCAUCAGCUUUGGGAUCGGACCCAUAAGCGCCUCCUUGACAUUCAACAGCACCAGAAGCGCCAAGCCGAUCGCCAUCGCAACGACCACACCAUUUCCGUGGGAGACCAGGUGCUUCUCGACACCCGUAACCUGGACAUCAGCCAUCUCCCAUCUAAACUUCGCCCUCGCUUUUGCGGGCCUUUCCUCGUUGACGCACAGGUAACAGCUUGACUCGGAACACCCACUUGCCACGAACCA